UGCAACGUUGGCCUUGUCCAUAUAGUUUUAUAAAUAAAAACCAAAAAAAGUUGCCAUAAAAACAAAAAACAAAAGCUAAAGAAACGACACCGCAGUUGUCGGGAAAAAAAAGGGAAAGAAACGUUGUGGAAGCCCCAAGGAUAACCAGCUGACAUGCCACAUAAAUUGGAUUAUUAAAACACUCGCGAAACGAUAUAUAAAACGAUACAAACCUAUACAUACAGAUAUAUUUACAUAUCUGCAUCAACACGAGAUUGUUGACCAAACUUUGGGCGGCUCAAUUGGUCAUUUAAUCGGGCCAACAUGAAACAUUCGACGGCAGCCAAUUCGCAUUGGCUGGCCGCUUUGCUGUUGUCGCUGCUGCUGUGCCAAUUGCUGCAAACAAUCACAGCCGACGAGGCGUUCUCCUGUCCAAAUGGUUGGGAACUGCGCGGCUUAAAUUGUUAUAAAUAUUUCAAUAUCAAACAUUCGUGGGAGAAAAGCGCCGAACUGUGUCGAAGAUAUGGCGCCGAGCUGGUGGCCAUCGAUAGCUAUGCGGAGAACAACGAUACGCUGUCCAUUGCGCGUGCCAGCGAUCCCAAUCAAAGGGCCUCGGACAAGUACUGGCUGGGCCUGGCCUCGCUCGAUGACUUGAGAACAAACACGCUGGAGUCAGCUUCGGGUGCGCUGAUCUCGCAGUACUCGGGUUUCUGGUCACUGCAUCAGCCCAGUGCCGAUUCCGGGGAAUGUGUGGCCGCUGGCUUUGCUGGCAAAUCACAGAGCUGGGAUCUGGGCACCUGCGAGUCGCUGCUGCCCUUCAUGUGCCGCUCGCCAGCGUGUCCCCAGGGCGCGCUGCAUUGUGCCAAUGGCAAGUGCAUCAAUCAGGCCUUCAAGUGCGAUGGCAGCGAUGACUGUGGCGAUGGCACGGAUGAGCUGGACUGUCCCGCACAGUGCCACUUCCACAUGCAGUCGGGUGGAGAUGUAAUCGAGACGCCCAACUAUCCGCACAAAUACGGAGCGCUGAGCAAGUGCAAGUGGACGCUGGAGGGGCCGCUGGGCAGCAACAUCAUCCUGCAGUUCCAGGACUUUGAAACGGAGAAGACUUUCGACACGGUUCAGAUUUUGGUGGGCGGACGCACCGAGGAUAAGUCCGUGUCGCUGGCCACGCUCAGUGGCAAGCAGGAUCUGACCACGCAGCCAUUUGUGUCUGCCUCCAACUUUAUGAUUGUGAAAUUCACCACCGAUGGCAGUGUGGAACGCAAGGGUUUCCGUGCCACCUGGAAGACAGAGGCCAAGAACUGUGGCGGCACACUGAAGGCCACUCUGCAGCGGCAAAUCCUCACCAGUCCCAACUACCCGAAGCAAUAUCCCGGCGGCCUGGAGUGUUUGUAUGUGAUCAAGGCCCAGCCCGGACGCAUUAUCUCCAUUGAAGUGGACGAUUUGGAUGUGGCCGAGGGACGGGACUAUCUGCUAAUCCGCGAUGGGGAUACGCCCAUGAGCCGCACCAUUGCCAAGCUAACCGGCAAGACAGUGCAGAACGAACGUGUAAUUAUAUCCACGGGCAAUGCUUUGUAUCUCUACUUCAAGUCGAGUUUAGGGGAGGCAGGCAAGGGCUUCAGUUUGCGUUACAUUCAAGGCUGCAAGGCCACCAUAUCGGCAAGGAAUGGCACGGUUACCUCGCCCGCUUUCAGCCUGGCAGACUACCCCAAGAAUCAGGAAUGUUACUUUACCAUAAGGAACAGCGCUCGUGCGCCAUUGUCACUGAAGUUUGAUAAAUUUACGGUGCACAAGAGCGACAAUGUGCAGGUGUUUGAUGGCUCCUCGACCUCCGGUUUGCGUUUGCAUUCGGGCAAUGGGUUUACGGGCACAGCGGCACCCAAAUUGACGCUGACAGCUUCAUCCGGCGAGAUGCUCAUUAAAUUUACAUCGGAUGCGCUGCACAAUGCUGCGGGUUGGUCGGCCACAUUCUCCGCUGAUUGCCCUGAGCUACAGCCUGGCAUUGGCGCCUUGGCCUCCAGUCGCGACACCGCUUUCGGUACGCUGGUCAGCUUUACAUGUCCCAUUGGACAGGAGUUUGCCACCGGCAAGACGCGUCUGGUAACUGAAUGUUUACGCGGUGGCAACUGGAGUGUCUCCUACAUACCAAAGUGUCAGGAGGUCUACUGCGGUCCUGUGCCACAAAUCGACAACGGAUUCUCCAUUGGCUCCUCGAAUGUGACUUAUCGCGGCAUUGCCAUGUAUCAGUGCUAUGCGGGCUUUGCCUUUGCCUCGAGUGCGCCCAUUGAGAAGAUUUCCUGCCUGCCCGAUGGCCGCUGGGAGCGCCAGCCCCACUGCAUGGCCUCGCAGUGUGCGCCACUCACCGAGGUGGCGCAUGCCAAUGUCACGCUGCUGAAUGGCGGCGGACGCAGCUAUGGCACCAUUGUGCAGUACGAAUGUGAGCCGGGGUACGAGAGGAAUGGCCAUCCCGUGCUGACGUGCAUGUCGAAUGGCACCUGGAGCGGGGAUGUGCCCAAGUGCACGCGCAAACGUUGCCACGAGUUCCCAGAGAUCGAGAAUGGCUUUGUGGUGGAUGCUUCGCGUUCGUAUUUGUUCGGGGAUGAGGCCAGGGUGCAGUGCUACAAGGGCUACAAGCUGAUUGGCAGCAACAUAAUGCGCUGCAGCGAGGCCCAGCGCUUUGAGCAGCCACCAACCUGUGAGGACAUCAACGAGUGCAGCUCCUCGCAGUGUGAUCUGACCACAACCGAAUGCCUCAACACGAAUGGCUCGUUCCAUUGCCAAUGCCGCGCGGGAUUCACAGCCACCACAGAGUGCCGUCCAGUGGCAGAUUUGGGUCUGGGCAAUGGCGGCAUACCCGAUGACAGCAUUAGCACAUCGAUCAGCGAGCCGGGCUACAGCAAAACUCAACUAAGAUUGAACACAAUGGGCUGGUGCGGAGGCUCCUCGGAGCCGGGCGCCAAUUGGAUAUUGAUUGACCUGAAGGCACCCACCAUACUGCGUGGAUUCCGCACCAUGUCCGUGCAGCGACCCGAUGGCAAUGUGGCCUUCAGCUCGGCUGUGCGUCUGCAGUACACCAACGAUUUGACGGAUGUGUUCAAGGACUAUGCCAAUCCCGAUGGCACUGCUGUGGAGUUUAGAAUCCUCGAGCCAACUCUUUCCAUUUUGAAUCUCCCCCUGCCCAUUGAGGCGCGUUAUAUACGCUUCCGCAUCCAGGACUACGUGGGUGCUCCUUGCCUGCGCAUGGAACUGAUGGGCUGCACGCGUCUCGACUGCGUGGACAUCAAUGAGUGCAGCAAGAACAACGGCGGCUGCGAUCAGAAGUGCAUCAAUUCCCCUGGUGGCUAUGCCUGUGGCUGCAACACCGGCUACCAGCUAUACACAUCGAACGGCACCGCCGGCUAUCACAUUGAACGCUCGGAAACGGGCGAACGGGAUGGCGACUCCUAUCAGCGCAACAAAACUUGUGUGCCGCUCAUGUGCCCCGAGCUGGAGGCACCGGAAAAUGGACAAUUGCUGAGCGAACGGAACGAGUAUCACUUUGGAGAUGUUGUGCGUUUCCAGUGUCAUUUUGGAUACAUUAUGAGCGGCAGCUCGGCGGCUGUGUGCCUGUCCAGCGGUCAAUGGAAUGCCACAGUGCCAGAGUGUAAUUAUGCCAAGUGCGUCUCCCUGCCCGAUGACAAGCUGGAGGGUCUGACUGUGGCCCGUCCUGAUCCCGAGUCUGUGCUGGUGCCCUUCCGCGAUAAUGUCACCAUUACGUGUGGCUCGGCGGGUCGUCAGUUACGUGCCACCGCCUCUUCGGGCUUCAGGCAGUGUGUGUACGAUCCCAAGCCUGGUCUACCCGACUACUGGCUGUCGGGCAUGCAGCCCUCUUGCCCGCGUGUCGACUGCUACACGCCCAUGCCCACACCUGGAGCUGAGUACGGACAAUUUGUGGACACACGCUUCCAGAGCAGCUUCUUCUUUGGCUGCCAGAACACAUUCAAGCUGGCUGGGCAGACGGGUAGACACGAUAAUGUUGUGCGCUGCGGUGCCGAAGGCAUUUGGGACUUUGGCGAUCUGCGCUGCGAGGGACCCGUGUGCGAAGAUCCGGGCAGACCCGCCGAUGGACGGCAGAUAGCACGGAGCUACGAGCAGUCGUCGGAGGUUUACUUUGGCUGCAAUCGUCCUGGCUAUAUCCUCAUCAAUCCACGACCCAUAACCUGCAUACGCGAACCAGAGUGCAAGGUGAUUAAACCCCUCGGAUUGAGCUCUGGCAGGAUACCCGAUUCGGCCAUCAAUGCCACUUCGGAACGCCCCAACUAUGAGGCCAAGAACAUACGCCUGAACUCUGCCACUGGUUGGUGCGGCAAGCAGGAGGCCUUCACUUAUGUGAGCGUUGAUCUGGGACAGAUCUACCGCGUCAAGGCCAUCCUCGUGAAGGGUGUUGUGACCAACGACAUAGUGGGUCGACCCACGGAGAUACGCUUCUUCUACAAGCAGUCCGAGAGCGAGAAUUAUGUGGUGUACUUCCCCAACUUUAAUCUAACAAUGCGGGAUCCAGGCAACUACGGAGAACUGGCCAUGAUCACGCUGCCGAAGUACGUUCAAGCGCGAUUUGUGAUCCUCGGCAUUGUCAGCUACAUGGACAAUGCGUGCCUGAAGUUCGAGCUGAUGGGCUGCGAGGAGCCAAAGAAUGAGCCAUUGUUGGGCUACGACUAUGGGUAUUCCCCCUGUGUGGACAAUGAGCCACCGAUCUUCCAGAACUGCCCACAGCAACCGAUUGUAGUGCGUCGCGAUGAGAAUGGCGGUGUGCUGCCGGUAAACUUCACCGAGCCCACGGCCGUGGAUAACUCUGGUUCGAUAGCCAGGCUGGAGAUUAAGCCACAGAACUUCCGCUCACCCAGCUACAUCUUCAAGGACACGGUGGUCAAGUAUGUGGCCUUUGAUUACGAUGGCAAUGUGGCCAUUUGUGAGAUCAACAUCACAGUGCCCGAUGUAACGCCGCCGCUGCUGCAGUGCCCACAGAGUUAUGUCAUCGAACUGGUGGAUCGUCAGGAUAGUUACAAUGUAAACUUCAAUGACACACGCAAGCGCAUCAAGGUCUCGGAUGACACCGGUGAAGUGCGUCUGCAGUUUAUCCCGGAGAGAGCUCUGAUUAAAAUUGGAAACUUUGAGAAUGUCACAGUGACGGCCACGGAUAAGUACAACAAUCGUGCCAGCUGCCAUUUCCAGGUGUCGGUGAAGGCCUCGCCCUGCGUUGACUGGGAGCUACAGCCACCGGCCAAUGGAGCGAUUAAUUGUUUGCCCGGGGAUCGUGGACUCGAGUGCAUUGCCACCUGCAAGCCGGGUUUCCGCUUCACGGACGGAGAGCCCCUGAAGACCUUCUCCUGUGAGACUUCACGUCUGUGGCGACCCACCUCAGUGGUGCCCGAUUGUGUGUCUGAGAACACCGAACAGGCUGCGUAUCAUGUCACCGCGACCAUAACCUACCGCGCCAAUGGAGCCGUCGCGCAGUCGUGUCUCGGCCAGUACCAGGAUGUGCUCUCGCAGCAUUACUCCGGAUUGAAUGCUUUGCUCUCGCAGCGUUGUUCGGCGGUUAAUGUGAACAUGAAUGUGACAUUCAUAAAGUCGGUGCCCAUGCUGCUGGAGGAGAAUGUCGUCAAAAUGGACUUUAUACUCUCCAUUCUCCCAGCUGUCCGCCAACCGCAACUGUACGAUUUGUGUGGCUCCACGCUGAACCUCAUCUUUGAUCUGAGUGUGCCCUAUGCCAGUGCUGUGAUCGAUUCCCUGCUGAACAUCUCAAACAUAGGCAAUCAAUGUCCACCGCUGCGGGCUCUGAAGUCGCACAUCACGCGAGGAUUCAACUGCAAUGUGGGAGAAGUGCUGAACAUGGACACCAGCGAUGUGCCGCGCUGUCUGCACUGCCCGGCGGGCACUUACGUGUCUGAGGGACAGAACAGCUGCACCUACUGCCCGAGGGGCUACUACCAGAAUCGCGAUCGACAGGGCACAUGUCUGCGCUGUCCGGCGGGCACCUACACCAAGGAGGAGGGCACCAAGUCGCUGAACGAUUGCAUUCCCGUCUGCGGCUAUGGCACUUACUCACCCACUGGCCUCGUGCCGUGUCUGGAGUGUCCGCGCAACUCAUUCACCGCUGAACCACCAACGGGUGGCUUCAAGGACUGUCAGGCGUGUCCAGCACAGAGCUUCACGUACCAGCCAGCCGCCUCGAACAAGGAUCUGUGCCGCGCCAAGUGCGCUGUCGGCACUUACUCUGCCACAGGUCUUGCUCCAUGCUCGGCCUGUCCUCUCCAUCACUAUCAGAGCGCACCAGGAUCACAGAGCUGCAACGAGUGCCCGAGCAACAUGCGAACGGACACCGCUGGCUCCAAGGGCAGGGAACAGUGCAAACCCGUCGUUUGUGGCGAGGGAGCCUGCCAGCACGGAGGAUUGUGUGUGCCCAUGGGUCAUGACAUUCAGUGCUUCUGCCCUGCCGGGUUCUCGGGACGUCGCUGCGAACAGGACAUUGAUGAGUGCGCCUCACAGCCGUGCUUCAACGGCGGACAGUGCAAGGACCUACCGCAAGGCUAUCGCUGCGAGUGCCCUGCCGGUUAUUCGGGCAUCAAUUGCCAGGAGGAGGCCAGCGACUGUGGCAACGACACCUGCCCCGCACGUGCCAUGUGCAAGAAUGAACCGGGCUACAAGAAUGUGACGUGUUUGUGCCGCAGCGGCUACACGGGCGACCAGUGCGACGUCACCAUCGACCCGUGCACGGCAAAUGGCAAUCCUUGCGGCAACGGAGCCAGCUGCCAGGCGCUGCAGCAGGGACGCUACAAGUGCGAGUGUCUGCCCGGCUGGGAGGGACUUCACUGCGAACAGAACAUCAACGAUUGUGCGGAGAAUCCCUGCCUGCUGGGUGCCAACUGCACGGAUCUGGUCAACGAUUUCCAGUGCGCCUGUCCGCCUGGCUUCACGGGCAAACGCUGCGAGCAGAAGAUCGAUCUGUGCCUCUCGGAGCCCUGCAAACACGGCACCUGCGUGGAUCGAUUGUUCGACCAUGAGUGCGUCUGCCAUCCCGGCUGGACGGGUGACGCCUGCGAGGUGAACAUCGACGACUGCGAGAACCGACCCUGCGCCAAUGAUGGCAUCUGCGUGGACCUGGUCGAUGGGUACAGCUGCAACUGCGAGCCGGGUUACACGGGCAAGAAUUGUCAGCACACGAUCGAUGAUUGCGCCUCUAAUCCCUGCCAGCAUGGAGCCACCUGUGUGGAUCAGAUCGAUGGCUUUACGUGCAAGUGCCGGCCUGGCUAUGUGGGUCUCAGCUGUGAGGCGGAGAUCGAUGAGUGCCUCAGCGAUCCAUGCAAUCCCGUGGGCACCGAGCGCUGCCUGGAUCUGGACAACAAGUACGAGUGCGUCUGCCGCGAUGGCUUCAAGGGCAUUCUCUGCGAGACGGACAUCGACGACUGUGAGGCACAGCCCUGCCUCAACAAUGGCAUCUGCCGCGAUCGUGUCGGAGGCUUUGAGUGCGGCUGCGAGCCCGGCUGGAGCGGCAUGCGCUGUGAGCAGCAGGUGACAACGUGCAGCCUGCAGGCUCCGUGCCAGAACGAUGCCAGCUGCAUUGAUCUGUUCCAGGACUACUUCUGUGUGUGCCCCAGCGGCACCGAUGGCAAGAACUGCGAGACGGCGCCCGAGCGCUGCAUCGGCGAUCCGUGCAUGCACGGCGGCAAGUGCCAGGACUUUGGGUCCGGCCUCAACUGCAGCUGUCCGGCGGAUUACGCGGGCAUUGGCUGCCAGUACGAGUACGAUGCGUGCGAGGAGCAUGUCUGCCAGAAUGGUGCCACCUGUGUGGACAAUGGCGCUGGCUACAGCUGCCAGUGUCCCGCUGGCUUCACGGGCCGCAACUGCGAACAGGACAUUGCCGACUGCAAGGACAACUCGUGUCCGCCCGGUGCCAAUUGUGUGGAUCUCACGAACGGCUUCUACUGCCAGUGCCCCUUCAACAUGACCGGCGAUGACUGCCGCAAGGCCAUUCAAGUGGACUACGAUCUGUACUUCAGCGAUCCCUCGCGCUCCACGGCCGCCCAGGUGGUGCCGUUCGCCACGGGUGAAGCCAACAGCUUGACGGUGGCCAUGUGGGUGCAAUUUGCCCAGAAGGAUGAUCCCGGCAUCUUCUUCUCGCUGUACGGCGUGGAAUCUGCACGCAUGACCCAGCGACGUCGUCUCCUGCUGCAGGCACACUCCAGUGGCGUGCAAGUCUCCCUGUUUGAGGAUCAGUCAGAUGCGUUCCUCAGCUUCGGGGAGUACACCUCCGUCAACGAUGGACAAUGGCAUCAUGUGGCUGUCGUGUGGGAUGGUGUCAGCGGACAGCUGCAACUCAUCACCGAAGGAUUGAUUGCCAGCAAAAUGGAGUACGGUGCUGGUGGCAGUCUCCCAGGAUAUCUCUGGUCAGUGCUGGGUCGCCCGCAGCCCUAUGGCGGUGUCAGCCAUGAGCUGGCCUACUCGGAUGCCGGCUUCCAGGGCACCGUGACCAAGACCCAAGUGUGGGCACGUGCUCUCGACAUCACCUCGGAGAUUCAGAAGCAAGUGCGCGACUGUCGCUCGGAGCCUGUGCUCUAUCCCGGACUCAUUCUCAAUUGGGCUGGCUAUGAGGUCACCACUGGCGGUGUCGAGCGGAAUGUACCCUCGCUGUGCGGACAACGCAAGUGUCCUGUGGGCUAUACCGGUGGCAAUUGCCAGCAGCUGGUUGUCGACAAGGAGCCACCAGUCGUGGAGCACUGUCCGGGUGAUCUGUGGGUCAUUGCCAAGAACGGCUCGGCCGUUGUCAGCUGGGAUGAGCCGCACUUUAGCGAUAACAUCGGAGUAACAAAGAUCUACGAACGCAAUGGACAUCGCUCGGGCACUACACUGCUCUGGGGCACCUAUGAUAUUACCUACAUAGCCUCGGAUGCGGCUGGCAAUACGGCCUCCUGCAGCUUCAAGGUUUCUCUAUUGACCGACUUCUGCCCUGCGCUGGCUGAUCCCGUGGGUGGCUCUCAAGUCUGCAAGGACUGGGGCGCUGGCGGACAGUUCAAGGUGUGUGAAAUUGCCUGCAAUGCGGGUCUACGCUUCUCCGAGCAGGUGCCUGAGUUCUACACCUGCGGUGCCGAGGGCUUCUGGCGUCCCACGCGCGAACCCUCCAUGCCACUGGUCUAUCCAUCCUGCUCGCCCUCGAAGCCCGCACAGCGUGUGUUCCGCAUCAAGAUGCUCUUCCCCUCGGAUGUGCUGUGCAACAAGGCGGGACAGGCGGUGCUCCGGCAAAAGGUCACAAAUUCUGUGAAUGGACUAAACAGAGACUGGAACUUCUGCUCGUACGCCAUUGAAGGAACGAGGGAGUGCAAGGAUAUUCAGAUCGAUGUCAAGUGCGAUCAUUAUCGUGGAUCGCAGAACAAUCGCGUGCGUCGCCAGGCCAAGGAUGGUGGUGUCUAUGUAAUGGAAGCGGAACUGCCAGUUGUCAACGAGGAUGAUGACGAUCUGGCAUUGACGGGUCGCCAGGGACGCCAACAAACUGGCGGUGAUACAUACACCCUGGAAAUAGCCUUCCCGGCUGUAAAUGAUCCUGUGGUGCAUACAUCGACGGGCGAACGCUCCAGUGUUAAGCAACUGCUGGAAAAGCUCAUACUCGAGGAUGAUCAGUUUGCCGUGCAGGAGAUUCUGCCCAACACAGUGCCCGAUCCGGCCUCACUGGAGCUCGGCUCGGAGUAUGCCUGCCCCGUGGGCCAGGUGGUGAUGAUACCCGACUGUGUGCCCUGUGCCAUUGGCACCUUCUACGACAGUGCCAACAAGACAUGCAUUGCCUGUGCCCGCGGCACCUACCAGUCCGAGGCGGGACAGCAGCAGUGCAGCAAGUGUCCGGUGAUUGCGGGACGUCCUGGUGUGACGGCCGGACCUGGCGCCCGAUCGGCGGCCGACUGCAAGGAACGCUGCCCGGCUGGCAAGUACUUUGACGCGGACACGGGUCUGUGCCGCUCCUGCGGCCAUGGAUUCUAUCAGUCGAGCGAGGGAGCCUUUGGCUGCGAUCUGUGUGGCCUGGGACAGACCACACGCUCCACGGAGGCCACCUCACGCAAGGAGUGCCGCGACGAGUGCAGCUCUGGCCAGCAACUCGGAGCCGAUGGUCGUUGCGAGCCCUGCCCGCGCGGAACCUACCGCCUGCAGGGCGUACAGCCCUCAUGCGCCGCCUGUCCACUGGGACGCACAACGCCCAAGGUGGGUGCCAGCUCCGUGGAGGAGUGCACGCUGCCAGUUUGCUCGCCGGGAACCUAUCUGAAUGCCACCCUCAACAUGUGCAUAGAGUGCAGGAAGGGCUUCUACCAGUCCGAAUCUCAGCAGAUCGCCUGCAUCCAGUGCCCGCCCAAUCACAGCACCAAGAUCACCGGCGCCACCUCCAAGAGUGAGUGCACCAAUCCCUGCGAGCACAUAGCCGAGGGCAAGCCACACUGCGAUGCGAAUGCCUACUGCAUUAUGGUGCCAGAGACCUCGGACUUCAAGUGCGAGUGCAAGCCCGGCUUCAAUGGCACGGGCAUGGCCUGCACGGACGUGUGCGAUGGCUUCUGCGAGAACUCUGGCGCGUGUGUCAAGGAUCUGAAGGGUACACCCUCCUGCAGGUGUGUUGGCUCCUUCACCGGACCCCAUUGCGCCGAGCGUUCAGAGUUUGCGUACAUUGCCGGCGGCAUUGCCGGUGCAGUGAUUUUCAUCAUCAUUAUUGUGCUGCUCAUCUGGAUGAUUUGUGUGCGCUCAACCAAGCGCCGCGAUCCCAAGAAGAUGCUCACACCCGCAAUUGACCAAACGGGCUCGCAGGUGAACUUCUACUACGGCGCCCACACACCCUAUGCGGAGUCCAUAGCGCCCUCGCACCACAGCACCUAUGCGCACUACUACGACGACGAGGAGGAUGGCUGGGAGAUGCCCAAUUUCUACAACGAAACGUACAUGAAGGAUGGUCUGCAUGGUGGCAAGAUGAGCACAUUGGCCAGGUCGAAUGCCUCGCUGUAUGGAACAAAAGAAGACUUAUACGAUCGACUGAAACGUCAUGCCUACACGGGCAAGAAGGAAAAGAGUGAUAGUGAUAGCGAAGUGCAGUAAA